GCCUGCGGCUGAGAGUAGAAAGUGGGAAGUUGCUUUGCUAGACACUGGGUGCUAGGCCGGACUAAGAACCCAAGGAAAAGUGAGUCUCGUGUGGGUGAUUGAGACGCUAAGAAGACCAGCGUGGCGGCUGAAGGAGACCCCGCCAGGUGGGCGGUGCGCGGCCUCUUCCGGUUUCUGAGGCAUUCGGGACCUCUUGGCUUCGGCCGGUGCGCGCGCUACCGCGACUCCCGGACCCGGAAGGGGCGGCAGCGGCCCGGCAAUAGCUGCGAAGUGUCUCACCAUCCACGUGCUGCUCGGGCUUCUAGCUCGGUCCGCAGCUCCGCGUCCCGGCCAUGGCUACCGCCUGCAGCUCGCUCCCGGACCGGCCUCCCAGAACGUACUUCGGACGCCGCCAGGCCCAGACUAAUCGGCAAGCAGAGGCUACCAAGAGAAAGCACCAAGUGUCCAGUGGUGCUCCACCAGCGAAACGGAGGAAUGAAAUAUCCUCUCUUUCAGCCAAGGAAACCAUUGAUAAAGAAACUCCAAGAACAUUUAAGGGGAGUGCACACAAAACGUUUCCUCCAAAGACGUACUUGGACAGUACAGGCAGUGGAAGGCAAGAGAAGCCAUGCAUCAAGACUUCGUCACUGUUUAAAAACAAUCCUGAGAUCCCAGCACUCCACAGAGCUGUAGUAAAGCAGGCUCGAGAGCAAGUGUUCUCUCCAGAGGCAUUCCAGGAGCUGGACCUCCACCCACACCUAAUUUCCACAAUAAAUACAGUCUUAAAAAUGUCGAGUAUGACCAGUGUUCAGAAGCAGAGUAUCCCAGUGCUGCUGGAAGGCAGAGAUGCCCUUGUGCGGUCCCAGACGGGCUCAGGUAAAACUCUUGCCUAUUGCAUCCCUGUGGUCCAGUCUCUUCAAGCACUCACAUCAAAAAUACAGCGCAGUGAUGGCCCCUAUGCGUUGGUCCUAGUGCCCACCAGAGAGCUGGCUCUGCAGAGCUUUGACACUGUCCAGAAGCUGCUCAAGCCAUUCACUUGGAUUGUUCCUGGAGUGUUGAUGGGUGGAGAGAAGAGGAAGUCGGAAAAAGCUAGACUACGAAAAGGCAUAAAUAUCCUUAUCUCAACUCCUGGGCGUCUGGUGGAUCAUAUAAGAUCCACAAAGAACAUUCACUUUAACCGAAUACAGUGGCUGGUAGUGGAUGAAGCAGACAGGAUCUUGGAUUUGGGUUUUGAGAAGGACAUUACAGUGAUUCUGAAUGCUGUAAAUGCUGAGUGUCAGAAACGGCAGAAUGUCUUGCUAUCAGCGACACUCACAGAAGGUGUAACACGGCUAGCUGAUAUCAGUUUGCACAAUCCAGUCAGUAUCUCUGUCCUGGACAAAAUCUGGGAUCAGCCCAACCCUAAGGAAGAUGCUAGUACCCAGCUGGACAGCUUUGCCAUACCAGAGAGUCUUGACCAGCAUGUAGUGUUGGUUCCCAGCAAGCUUCGCCUUGUGUGCCUUGCUGCCUUCAUCCUGCAGAAGUGCAAGUUUGAGAAGGACCAGAAGAUGAUUGUCUUUUUCUCAAGUUGUGAGCUGGUAGAGUUCCACUACAGCAUCUUCGUUCACACCCUGUCUUGCCGCUCAGGGGCUCCCACUUCAGAGCAGCUACCAUCUGCUUCCUGGCCACUGAAAUUCCUUCGGCUGCAUGGCAACAUGGAGCAGGAGGAAAGGACCUCUGUGUUUCAUGAGUUCUCACAUUCUGGAACAGGAGUCCUGCUCUGCACGGAUGUUGCAGCUCGAGGCUUAGAUCUCCCACACGUCACCUGGAUUGUUCAGUACAGUGCUCCGUCUUCACCUGCAGAAUACAUUCACCGGAUUGGAAGAACUGCCCGGAUUGGCUGUCAUGGGAGCAGCUUGCUCAUUUUGGCUCCUUCAGAGGCAGAAUAUGUCAACUCGUUGGCUUCUCACAAAAUCAAUGUUUCUGAGAUUAAGAUGGAAGAUAUUUUGGCUGUCCUGACAAAGGAUGAUUGCUUUAAAAGGAGACAAAGGGGAGCCCAGAAAUCCCAUGCCACUGGCUCCCAGGAAAUCCGAGAACGAGCCACAGUAUUGCAGACAGUAUUUGAAGAUUACGUGCACUCCAGUGAGAGGACAGUCUCCUGGGCAAAGAAAGCUCUGCAGUCCUUCAUCCGAGCCUAUGCAACCUACCCCAGGGAGUUGAAGCCCAUUUUCCAUGUCAGAUCCCUACACCUUGGCCAUGUGGCUAAGAGUUUCGGGCUAAGAGAUGCUCCUAGAAACCUCAGUGUCUCCACUGUGAAGAAGAAAGCAAGCUUGAAAAGGCCUGACCCUCGGAGGAAGACCCGGAAUAAGCACCACUUUGUGCUCGCUGAAGUACUGCACUCUGAAUACUCGAGUGGUCUGGAGGCCGGCGGCACGAAGGGCGGAAAGCAAGGCAAACAGUGGGGCUUUCAGGUGGCACCCAGCAAGCCAGGGCCAAGGAGAGAAUGAAGCUGCUCCUGCAUCCAGAAGGAUCACCACCAGCCAGCAAGCUUCUUUUGGUUGUUUUUAAUCUCUCCAGGUCAGGAUGGAUUGCCAGCCCCUGGCUUUAGAUUGGUGUCCUAUUCUUAUCAGGGAAGCUUCCUGCACCUUUCCCUGAACACAGACCCUCACCUGUUGGAGGAGGAGCCCUGACGGAAACCAGCAGGCAGGGGCCAGUGCUAGACAGUCACCUGCCUUUGCUCAAGCCUCUUUCAAGAUUGUGCAUAGGGACAGCAAAGCAUUCUGUGCAUCAGCCUGGAAGAGUGUGGCUCCUGGAAAGCUUGCCAAAUGAAGCUGCCACACAUGUAUUGCUUGAGUUUUGUAAGGUGGAAUGUUAAAAAUUUGCACAAAAGGAUAAAGUCUUUGUUGAAUUGCCUUUUUCUUAGUGUCCACACAUUCUGUCAGGAAGGGCCAAGAGAGUUUUUGCUUUGGGUCAAAAACCCAAAUGUGUUGGCAGCGACACUUCUUUCUUCCAUAAACACGGCAUAGUGCCAUGUGCAUUGCCUCCCCUUUCAUGUCCGCAAAAGACUCAAGCUCUCUGGGCUAAUUGACUUACUGUUGCCUUUUUAUUAUUGCCUUUGAAGUCAAAAGGCACCAGCACCCGAGCUUGCCUUUUCCCAUCGGAGCCUGUCUCCUCUUCGAGGUCUGAGGUCUUUGUGUUAUGACCUAGACCCAGAACCCCCACAUUCCAUUGUGUUUCUGGGAGGUUUGAAAGAGGACCCCUGGAGUGUAUUGAUUUCCCAAUAAAUGUAAGAUUUGGACAUUA